CCCCGUGGAGAAUUUACCGAUUAGAAUCGCACGCCAAAUUUCACAAGCGGUAGAAUUACUGAAACUCGCAACGCGAUUUCCUAAUCAUCACUGGAGAAAACACAACGACAAAUCGCGAUUUGCAAGAAACCGUCGAUCCCAACAUCAACGGGACAAAACAAAUCUGCGGAGCCGUUCCACUGCGCACUUUGGGUUGGGAGUAGUAGAAAUUCACACUUAACCAAACUGCGUACUCUUCCAACUACUGUCGCAUUGUUUGCUCGCCGAUCUCCACUCUCCAUCAAUGGACUGAUGGUCUCAACGGAUCGGUGAAAGAAUGGCGAGUUUCUUACCACAGUUUCAGAGCAUCAAGACAUCCUUCGAUCACGUCGUUCUCGCCGUUGAGGAUGUGACCGAUCUGUGGCCCGUAGUCAAGAAGGGUUUUGAAGAGAGGCUGCCAUUCAAAAGGGCUUUUCUAAACAACAAGACCCGUAAUCCUGUGCUUGUUGAUGAAUUACCUGCUGAAUUUAUACUAACUACGGAUGCUAGACUACGCAGUCGGUUUCCUCAAGAGCAAUCAUUGUUUUGGUUCCGUGAGCCAUAUGCAACUAUCGUUCUUGUUACAUGUGAGGAUCUCGAUGAGUUUAAGAACAUUCUUAAACCACGCCUCAAACUAAUAGUUCAAAAUGAUGAACGAGAAUGGUUUAUUGUUUUUGUAUCUAAAGCACCAGCUCACAAUGAUCAGGCCACCAAGAUGGCCAAAAAAGUAUAUGCCAGACUUGAAGUUGAUUUUAACUCUAAGAAGAGGGAAAGGUGCUGCAAAUUAGAUUUGCAUGGACCUGAUGCGAAUUUCUGGGAAGACUUGGAGGCCAAAAUCAUGGAAUGCAUCAGAAAUACUCUUGAUAGGCGCAUUCAGUUUUACGAAGAGGAAAUCCGCAAGCUUAGCGAACAGCGAUUCAUGCCAGUUUGGAAUUUUUGCAAUUUUUUCAUCCUGAAGGAAAGUUUGGCUUUUAUGUUCGAGAUUGCUCAUCUCCAUGAAGAUGCUUUACGUGAAUAUGACGAGCUUGAACUCUGUUAUUUGGAAACAGUUAAUGUGGCUGGAAAACAGAGGGACUUUGGAGGAGUGGAUCGGGGAGAUGAUCAGGCUAUGCUGCUUGACCCUGGGAGGAAAGCAUUGACGCAGAUUGUUCAAGAUGAUUCAUUUAGGGAGUUCGAGUUCAGGCAGUAUCUAUUUGCCUGUCAAGCAAAGCUGCUCUUCAAAUUAAGUCGUCCGUUUGAGGCUGCAUCAAGGGGUUAUUCAUUCAUAAUUAGCUUCUCAAAGGCAUUGGCUUUGCAAGAGAGUAUAUUGCCUUUCUGUAUGCGUGAAGUGUGGGUAAUAACAGCUUGCUUGGCAUUGAGCAAUGCUACUGCAUCUCUUUAUAAAGAUGGGUUAGCAGCACCUGAUGUUGAGAAGGAGUUUUAUCGCGUUCAAGGGGAGCUAUAUAAUUUAUGUCGGACUAAGUUUAUGCGGCUAGGCUAUUUAAUUGGCUAUGGAUCAGAUAUAGAAAGAAGUCCGGUCAACAGUGCUUCACUCAGUAUGCUGCCAUGGCCUAAGCCAGCAGUUUGGCCUACACUUCCAUCUGAUGCUUCAACAGAAGUGCUUGCAAAAGAAAAGAUGGUUCUCCAAGAAUCACCACGGCCUAAGCACUUUGGCAUUCAGAGGAAGCCACUGCCUCUUGAACCAUCUGUCUUGUUGCGUGAGGCAAAUCGUCGUAGGGCUUCUCUCUCAGCUGGAAAUGUGUUUGAGUUGUUUGAUGGUCGUCCUAAUUCCAAUGACAGUUCAGGACUAGUUUCCCCAUUGCCUAAAGGGAAUGCAAUAUCCAUGACAAGGAAUCUCUCUACACCCGGUGGUUUUGAGGGUUCAAUUGAUCGGCCCAUGAGACUUGCAGAAAUCUACGUUGCUGCUGAGCAUGCUUUACGGAACACAAUUUCUGAUGAAAAUUUAUGGAAAUCAUUAUCCUCUAUUCAGGAGUUUGAGCAAAAAUAUCUGGAUCUAUCAAAGGGUGCUGCAAAUAGCUACCAUCGUUCUUGGUGGAAGAGACAUGGAGUUGUCCUUGAUGGUGAAAUUGCAGCUGUCUACCAUAAGCAUGAAAAUUACGAUAUUGCUGCAAAUUUAUAUGAGAAAGUUUGUGCUCUUUAUGCGGGUGAAGGAUGGGAGAACCUACUGGCUGAAGUUCUCCCAAAUUUGGCAGAGUGUCAGAAGAUACUGAAUGAUCAAGCUGGUUACCUCUCUUCUUGUGUGAAAUUAUUGUCAUUAGAUAGAGGAUUGUUCCUAACCAAGGAACGACAAGCAUUUCAGUCUGAAGUAGUUCGUCUUGCUCACAGUGAGAUGGAACAUCCUGUGCCCCUGGAUGUCUCCUCCUUAAUAACAUUUUCUGGCAAUCAGGGGCCUCCUGUAGAGCUUUGUGAUGGUGACCCAGGUACACUAUCCGUUACUCUCUGGAGUGGAUUUCCAGAUGAUAUAACUCUUGAAUCACUUAGUCUUACACUGACAGCUACGAACAAUGCUGAUGAAGGUGCUAAGGCAAUCACGAGCUCUGAAGCUAUUAUACUAAGACCUGGCAGGAACAAUAUUACCCUUUCUUUGCCCCCACAAAAACCAGGAUCCUAUGUGUUAGGGGUUCUCACUGGAAAGAUUGGUCAAUUAAGAUUUAGAUCUCAUAGUUUUUCUAAAGGCGGUCCUGCAGACACUGAUGACUUCAUGAGUUAUGAAAAACCAACAAGGCCUAUCCUGCAGGUGGCCAAACCAAGGUCUCUGGUCGAUCUUGCUGCUGCUGUUUCAUCUGCUUUGCUGAUGAAUGAAUCUCAGUGGGUCGGCAUAAUUAUUAGGCCAAUUAAUUACUCCCUUAAGGGUGCUGUGCUAUACAUAGACACUGGUCCUGGCUUGAGGAUUGAGGAGACAUAUGGCAUUGAAAUCGAGAAGCAUGAUGUUAGGUCGCAGAACAGGGCAAACCUAGAUAAUUUGCCUGGCAAUCCUUCUCCUUUGUCUGAAGUCAAGCAACUGACUCUUGAAGAUGGGAAGAUUAAGUUGCCUGACUGGACAAGCAAUAUCACUUCAGUGUUGUGGAUUCCACUACAGGCAGUUAGCGAUGGGUUACCUAAGGGGACACCUGCAGGUACAGCUCCACAGAGACAGAGUGUUGUAGAUGGUUUGAGGACAAUUGCUCUGAAACUUGAUUUUGGAGUUUGUCAUAACCAGACAUUUGAAAAGACCAUAGCUGUGCAUUUUACGGAUCCUUUCCAUGUUAGUAUGCGUGUGGUGGACAAAUGCAAUGAUGGCACUUUGCUUUUGCAGGUCAUACUGCAAUCCCAGGUGAAAGCUUCACUGGAGAUCCAGGAUGCUUUACUGGAUCUUCAAGAUGGAUUUGCUCAUGCUGGAAAGGGUGAUGGGAGACCAGCCUCUAGCUUCUUUCCACUAAUUGUUUCUCCUCAAUCCAGAGCUGGAAUUAUGUUUAGUAUCUGCUUGUCAGAAACACCUGCUAAAGAUGAUGAAAGGGAGUCCUGUCCAGAUAGCAUAUUGAAUAUCAAAUAUACGAUUUCUGGUAGCAGAAACCUUGGAGCUCACGUCCCAGUAGCUGAGGAACUUACUGGACCUGAUAACCAUCAGGCAGGGCAUUUGACCUUUAGGAGUGCUCUUGUUUUACAGAGACCAGUGCUGGACCCUUGCGUUGCAGUUGGUUUCCUUCCUCUCCCAUCAAGUGGUCUCCGUGUCGGGCAGCUUGUGACCAUGAAAUGGAGAGUUGAAAGGUUGAAGGAUCCAGAGGAGAAUGUGGCUUCGGAAAACCUUGAUGAGGUGUUAUAUGACGUCAAUGUUAAUUCCGAAAACUGGAUGAUUGCUGGACGGAAACGAGGAUACGUGUCGCUCCCCACAAAACCAGGUUCCAGGAUCGUGAUCUCAAUAUUAUGCUUGCCUCUGGUUGCCGGAUAUGUCCGACCCCCUCAACUUGGUUUACCUGACAUCAAUGGUGCAAACAUAAGUUGCAAUCCACCUGGUCCUCAUUUGGUCUGCGUCUUGCCUCCGGCACUCAGCUCCUCUUACUGCAUACCAGCCUGACCAUUUGCUGUUGGCAUCUGUGUUGUAGAAUUACAUUUCGGUUAGUCUCUUCCAAUAUAGGAAUGGUCAUGCUGCUCAUAUUUUUUUGAAUCUGAAAUUUUGUAGGAUUUUCUGAUUUUUAUUUUCUUGAUCUCGGGAGUUCAUAAGUUUGGUCACUUCAGUGUUGAGGAUAGUUAUUUUAUUUUCUUGGUUAAUGUACAGUUGCUUGUGGAAGUUGUACACUUUGACAUUGGGACAGAGAUAUUAUGUUGUAUACCUCGUUUGGUUGAAAAAGAAAUCAAAUGAAACAGGAAAGUUAUUUGUGGUG